UGCUAGUUUUGCAUUUUGAUUUCGAUGCAGCUUUUCUGUUCAGUUAGCUUGAAAUUCGUACUUUUUUGAAAUUAAUUUUGUGGCUAGAUAUUGAAAUUUUGUCACUUUUUAUAAAUAUCAUACAAUGUGAAUCAAUACCGUCUCAUACUUUUUUAGGGGUCUGCUCAAAUACUCUGGGCGAUUUUUCGAAAAAAGGAUGUCUCUUGUCAAAGAACUUAGAAGUACUAGGAGUCUAUGCUCUACUUCUAAAGAAGUCGAAAAUGUCAAUAAUCGAGAUGGAGGUCCCUCUGGACCAGCAGGAAAAAAGCGCAAGGUGGAUGAUAAUCUGUAUGAUAUUAUCUAUUUUUCUGAUGAGGAUGAUGCCAUUGGCUCCCGCAUUCCAGCCGGAAACAAGAAUAGGAAAACUACAAAGGAAGAAGUUUUAAAAGAGAAGCUUGGAGACAACCUUGAAGAGGACAACGACGAUGUAGAAUCAACAAAUUUUCUCGAAGUUGACGACAAAGAAGAGGAGGAUCACAGCGCCAGUGAUGAAACCACAACACGUCACGCCGGUCAAGUAUUCAAAUGUAGAAACUGUGAUUUCAGUGCAUCCAGGAAAAUCGCUUUAAAAAUUCAUUGGGAAACAGUUCAUGUCGGUGAAGAUACCCGUCAAAAAUUGGCGGCCGAAAACAGUCGCGAUGACCUCGAAACGGUCGCCGGUAAAAAAGGCUUAUCCACCAGACAAUAUUUCAAGUGCACACUUUGCGGCAAACGCUACCAGUCAUUAAACAGUUUAAACAGACAUAUACCUAUUUGCAAAAGAACUUCUGUCAUCGAAUUAUUUGUGCCAAACUUGGAGCACGAUAAAGACAAAGACGGUGUUGUAGAAUUUGUCGAUGUUGGUGCUCUCGACGUAGAAGUGGUGGUGGGGGUAGUAGAAGGAGAGGGUAAAGGAGAAGAAGUGGAUUUAGGUUUAGGAAAAGAUCCAGAGAAAACAGGUUGCGGUGAAAGAUUUGAGUGUAGUACGUGUCGGAAAAAGUUCAAAUUGAGGAUACAACUGGUAAAGCAUGAGAGGUCUUGUCAUAGAGAAGAGGUUGCAAUAGAAAGCAGAGAGAAGAGACAAACAGCGGGAGAAGAUGAACAAGCUUUGAUAGCCAAACAUAUAGAAUAUGUCAAGAUAAACUCACACUGUUGUAGGCACUGUAACUUCCGCUCGUCCGAAAGAGAGGAUAUCGUUCAACACAACAAGACAAGCGAUUGUAAGAAAAUUGCACCCGCAGUUGAGGGAGUGUAUGCAUGUAGAAAGUGUGAUUUCAGUUCGCGUAGUAGGGAAGAUCUAGAGGAACACUUGUUGGUCAACUUUUGCAAGCGGUUUGCGUGCGUCGUGUGCGGCUCGCGAUUCAGGAAACGUGUGCAGCUGAUCAUUCACUACGGUUAUCACACGGGUGUCGAGUACAAGUGCCCGGUUUGUGAUAAGGGUUUCUACAAGCUGGACAGCAUGAAAGUCCACCAGAGACUGCACACGGGUGAAAAGCCGCACCAGUGUGAGUUGUGCCAGAAACGAUUCGCAACUAGUUCGCUUCUGCGAGUGCAUGAACGGAUCCACACCGGGUACAAGCCGUACGAGUGCGCCUACUGCGAUCGAUCGUUUACUGGCAAAACUAGCCGGGACCGUCACCAGAGGAUUCACACCGGGGAGAAGCCGUUCGCGUGUAAAUAUUGCGGCAAACCGUACUCGGAAAACAGUUAUUGUGUGAGGCAUGAGCGGAAAUGCAAUGCGACCCAUCCUUACGAACACAAACAAGGUGGGCGUGUCUCGAAUCAGGUGAAUGUUCCAGUCAGAAAGGAAUUAAACGAACAACGUGGGUGUGUUUUGAAUCCUUCAAAUGUUCCAGUCAGGAAAGAAGUGAAUAAUCAAGGAGGGCGUGUUUUGAAUCGGUUAAAUGCUCCAGUAAGGAAUCAAGUUGUAAGUAACGUUAGAGAUGUGCGUAAGGAAAGAGGUGGAGAUACAGCUGAAUCAACUAGCAACGAAUUGGAACUGCAACAUUCUGAUGAUGUCAAGCUUGUACCAGAAAUCGAGGAACUGUUCAAAUGUAUAUCAUGUUUUGAAGAGUUCAACACCCUAGCCCAACUGGUUGACCAUGAGAGAGAUGAACACUACAAAUGUAAAACUUGUGGCAAAUCAUACUCUGAUAUGGAGUUUCUGUUGCUGCAUGAAAAACUACACCCUUUUGUAAGAGAUACUGACAAAUUACACCCUGUUGUAACAGAUGAUGACGAAUUUGAAACAGGUUCUGUGCCCGACAACCCGUUCCCCGAUGAAGAAGAAUUUGAAACAAGUUCUGUGGCCGACAACCCAUUCCCUGAUGAAGAAUUUGAUACAAGUUCUGUGCCCGACAAACCGUUACCUAAUGGAGAUCGUUUGUCGCAGUCAAUUCCGAAAAACGGAGAGAGAAAAAAUUGUAAGGACUCGAGUCAAAAUCGAAUCGAAUGCAACACGUGUAAGCGAGUGUUUAGUGAUAUGAGUAUUCUGGCGCGUCAUCAGUUGAGUCACUUUCGGGUGCUCGUUGAGAGCAUGUGUGGUACAGAUCUUAUUGAUGGAGAGGAUAGCGUACAGGUUAAGGAGGAAACUAUAAGUAACCCUGAUAUUGAGCUUCAUGAUAUUGAUAUUGAUAUAUCUAUGAAUGAUGAUGAUAUUGAUGUUAGUGCCUCACCUGUCAAGGAAUUUGCUAGAUUGACUAAGUGUAAGCAGUUGAAAAGUGAUGAGAAACUCCGUUCAAAACAGCCAGGAAGCAAUGAAAACUCCGGGAAAGAAAAACUCAGUGCCAAAUACAAAAGUAAGCCCAGCACUGAAAACUCCGGAAAAGAAAAACUCACUAAAGUUGAUGAAAAAACAUAUCAAGAUGGGGAAGAAGAUGUUUAUAGUGAGGAGGAGUUUGAUGAUGAGGACCAUGAUAUAGAUUACGUCUUUGAUAGUGCCGAAGAUUCUGAAGGAGAUGGGGAUCAUAAGAAAGAUGAGAGUACAUCCUCCACGCCCAAGAAACAGAAAAGUGAAAAAUCUGAACCAACGUUCAAAUGUCAACUGUGCAAAAAGGAUCUGACCAGGUUGCAGAUUAUAGAAGGCCACGAAUGUAGUAAGUUCGUGUGUAAAACAUGCGGAAAACAGUUUGCUCACAAAUCACAUCUUAGAAGACAUGUGAUCACACACUCACGCGAAAAGCCUUACAAGUGUGGCCUGUGUGAUAAGGCCUAUUUUCGCGCGGAUAUGUUGGUCGAUCAUUGCAGGACACAUCCCGGCUACAAGCCGCACCAGUGUGCCAUUUGCAAAAAAUGUUUCACCAUCAAAAAGCUGCUUCAUGAGCAUCUGAAGGACGAUCAUUCAAAGGUUAGAAAUCUGGGUGAAUACUGUGUGAAUACUAAUAGUAUGUCUCCAGGUGACACAGGUAAGAGUAAUUGCUCUAAUCCUCGCAAAAACGUGGAUAAUGAAGAGGAAGAAAGAACUGAAGAAAGAGAGAAAAUAGAAGAAGAAGGUGAGAUAGACGGAGAACAUGAAGAACUAGAGAGAAUAGAAGAAGAAGAAGAAGAGAUAAUAGAAAAAGAAAGUGAGAUAAUUAAAGACGGAGAACAACAUGAAGAACUAGAGAGAAUAGAAGAAGAAGAAGAAGAAGAAGAAGAAGAAGAAGAAGAAGAAGAAGAGAAAAAAAAUAGUGAUGACGAUGUUGACAAAGGGUCUGGAAAGCAGGAAAAUGAUGAUGAUGAUGAUGAUAAAAUAUCGGAAGGAAACGAGCUGGUUGUAAAGCAUGAAGCUGGACAACUGACAGAUGAGGAGAAUGAGAUGGACGGCUUGGCUUUCGCUGAGAAAGGAGGCAUGAAACGACACAUUAGGACCCUGCACAACAUGGAGCGCCCGUUCCGCUGUGACUACAAUUGCGGCAAAGUGUUCGCGUCCAAGAGGAGCAUGGAGAGACAUGUGCGUAGCAGUCACACGGGCGAACGGCCCUAUGCCUGUACAUUGUGUCCGAAACGGUUCGCUGAUCGCAGCAAUCACCGACGCCACAUAAAACGCCACGAACCCAAACCGGUUGUAGAAGACAGUGACGAGGGCGAGGCAGUUGUUGACAGUGUUGUCGUCAAUAAAGUGUCGACCAGGAGGGAAGCGAGAGAGGUGAAACCUGAUAAAGCGAUCGUGAUCAGUAACAACGAAACGGUGGCCGUGGAACGACACACGACGCAGAACUACUCGUGUCGUGUGUGUACGUUCAGUGAUGCCAGCAUGGAAGUGGUGGAGGAACACCAGAAAACGCACCGAGUGUUCAAGUGUAGAUCGUGUGGGAUGAGGUUCACCGAUAAGCAGCAUCUCUUGGAACAUAAAAGGCGUGAACAUUUAGAGGAGAAACCAUUCAUAUGUGGUGUUUGUGGUAAGGCGUUUAAACGGCGUGAUGUGAUGCAAAGACACGAGAAAUUACACUCAAGUACGGAUCGGUUCGAAUGUUCCUACUGUGGGAAACAGUUUGCGACGAGACCGUCCCUGAUAACCCAUGAGAAGAAACACUCAGGGGUGAGACCGUACCUGUGUUCGCAAUGCAGCUGUAUGUUCACAGAAAAGGGUUGUCUGCUGCGCCACGAACGCGCGGUGCAUUCGAGCGAACGACCGUUUAUGUGUUCGCAGUGUCCCAAAACGUUCGCGUUGAAAAACAAUUUGGUUCGACAUGAGCGCUCUCAUCUGCCGAUCAGAAUGGUCAAGUGUGGCGAGUGUGACAUGACCUUCAAAGAGAAGACGAAUUUGUUGAGGCAUCGCAAGCGGGUGCAUGGAUAUGUGACGCCGAAAUCAGUUUUCGAAUUGGACGACCCACGAUAUGAUAUGAUCUAUUUGAACCCAGAAGAAGAUAUGGGUUCGAUAAGAUUCCAAAUUGAAACCAACUAUUGUGUCAUGCCGACCAAGCCACAAAAAACUGAGAUAACGCCGGAGGAUACUGUUAUAGCCUACUCAGCAGACCACGAGAUACAGGAAAUCGGAAGGAAUACAGGGUCGCCUUUUAGUGACACUGAAGAGAAUCAAGAAACUAGCGAGGUAGGUAUACAGAGUGCUGAGGCUGGACUUAGCCACUCUGUGCUCGACACUUCUGCCGAGACACCAUCAGAGGGACCACGCCUUGUCAGACAGCAAGAUGGCUUCUACUAUUGUCGCUACUGUAACAACUGUAGAACAACAAUCAAGAAAGAAAUAAUUCAUCAUGAGAGAAUACACGUGGGCAACUGUUUUGAGUGUCCUUUUGAGAACUGCGGUAAACGGUUCAGUCGUAAAGAACAUAUGAAACGACAUUUCAUGAGUAUACAUUCAAGUGUCAAGCCUUUUCAGUGUAAGGUUUGUAAGAAAACUUUCGGCCGUAAGGAUCAAAUGUCGUAUCACAUGAGAUGUCAUCGUCCGCAACGUUUCAAAUGCCGGUUCUGUGUACACACUUUCCUUGACAAACAAAGCUUGCAAACACAUGAGCAAUCAAUUCACAACAACAGGCCCAAAAUGAUCAAAAUUGAGGUGGAAAUCAAAAAGCAGGACCACCAGGUGGAGGUGGAGCUGGAUGGAGAUAGAAUUAUUGGUACAAGUUUGAAUGACAGUGAUAGGAUGAAUACAAGUUUGAGUGAUGGUGAUAAAUCGUUUAGUUGUCGGCAUUGUAGCUACAGUUCGUCGCACAGAAGUCUUGUGGAAAGUCAUGAGAGAUCUCACACCGGUGUAGGAACGAGGGAACAAGGUUUAGGAACGAUGGAAAGGGGUGUAGGAACUACGGAACAAGGUUUAGAAACGUAUCGAGGUGUAAGAACGAGGGCUCAAGGUUUAGGAAGAACGGAACAAGGUGUAGAAACGAGGGAACAAGGUGUAGGAACGUCAGAACAAGAUUUAGGAACGUAUCGAGGUGUAAGAACGACGGUACAAGGUUUAG